AAGAAAUCGGACGGUCUAUGCAAUAUUGAAAGUUGAAAAGCUGCUCUGUCAUAGUCAGAUAGUCUAGUAUUUGUUUUCAUCCAUUUGGAAAGUGAAAAGAAUGGCCUUGGAUUUGGAUGUUAUUGUGGACAAUUUAUAUGUUGGAAGCCAACAAGCAACAAAAGAUCCUGCUAUGUUACGUGAACUUGGUGUUACUCAUGUUGUUACAGUCAGUGAUGGACCUAUUGAUAAGAUUGUUAAUAGUGGUUUCUUUAAAUACAAAUUUAUAGAAGGAAUUGACUUUGAUAUUACUGAUCUGCUCCAACGAUUCCCUGAAGUAACGGCUUUCAUAGAAGAAGGAGUAAAGUCAGGUGCAGUUUUAGUCCACUGUGUCGGAGGAGUUUCUAGAAGUGUUACCAUGGUGAUGGCAUAUUUGAUGGAGAAAAAAGGAAUGUCUUUUAAUGACGCUUUAAAAUUAGUGAAACAAAAAAGAAAAUUUGCAUACCCAAACGAUGGAUUUAUUAAACAGCUGAAACUGUAUGAGAAAAUGAAAUGUAGAUUAGAUCCCACAGAUGAGGAAUACAGAGUAUACAGAUUGUCAAGUUUAGCAAUAACUAUGCAGGGGCAUCAACCUAAAGAUGCUGGUAUGUUUUUGCCCGGAGAUUUAACAGAUACACCAACAGCUAAUGAUAGUGACAUUAUCUUUAGAUGUAAAAAGUGCAGACAGCCAUUAUUUAACAGAUCUUGUUUCUAUAAACAUACUGUGGGACCAGGUGAGGCAGCAUUUGAUUGGAGAGGAGCAUCAAAUACAGAAAAAUCGACGGAAAUUUGUGAUAAAUCAAUAUUUAUACACCCUGUUCAGUGGAUGAAACAAUCCAUUAUUGAAACAGAAGGCAAGCUGUCUUGUCCAAAAUGCAGUGCUAAAGUAGGAUCCUAUGUCUGGCAUGGAGAGCAGUGUCCAUGUGGAGAAUGGGUUAUCCCUGCAUUCCAUAUACAAAUAUCUAAAGUUGAUGAAUGUAAACCAGUACAGACAGAUAUCAGAAACCGUGUAGAACCAGGACAAAAUACAUGAAGAACCAGGUGGAGUCAGCUGUUAAAUGGGACAAGGAACCAGAUCUAUACUCAUUCAAUGAAUCUCUUGAAUAAGAGAAAAAUUAACACUAAAAAGACAAAAUUAUUGUGAUGGGAAUAAUUUGAAUAAAGAUUAUACAUGUACAUAGAAGACAUUACUUAUCAUCAAUAAAUAUGUACAUAACCUAA